AACUUCCACAAUUUUCCACAUCAGCAUUUAAUUUAAUUUUUUUCUAUUUUUUAAAUUUGAUUUAAAAAUAAACCUAAUUUUUCCCCGUUACAAAACCCGAUAACUCUUUAAAACCAAAAAGUAAAACUCACCCUUUCCUUCCCUAAACCAGCAGUGUCUCUUCUUUGCUCACAACCUCACACACUAAAACAUCUCCUUCCCUAAACCUAAAACUCACCAUUUCCUUCCUCCAAAAUCAAAACCCCAAACUCAGAUUCUUCCCUUGUCGCCACCACCGCUAUAGAUGGCCACCACUACGGAUCGCCGCUACAGAUGGCCACCACUCAGAUUCUCACACAACCAUCGUCACUUCUCCGGAAACAUUACCAGUACAAAACAAUGCAAAAAAGCUUCACUCUAUUGCAACAUGGAUUAUUUAUUACACCUUCUUGACUCUUCAGAUACCCAAUUGGAUCUCAUGUUGUUGGAGCUUUCAGCAUGCCUUGCGGUAAUUGUUUCUUUUGUUCCAUGGGUGAGGACGAAUUAUGCGAUGAUUUCUCUGCUUAUAACCAGGCAAAAGGAACUUUUUUUGAUGGAGAAACUAGGUUGUUCCUCCGCGGUAGUGAGAUGUUGAUCAAGUGUGUUGUGAUGGGGUUGUAAUGCUUGGGUGCAUGCCGAGUGUGAGAAUAUUUCCAGCAAGCUUUUCAAGGUGUGCUUAAUACACUUGAUUUAUGAAUUGUGAUGUCAAUUUCUAUUCCUGUCAUAUAUGCAUUUAUUCACUAACUUGUGUAUGGUUUAAAGGAUCUAGAGAAUGUAGAUUACUAUUGCGCAGAUUGUAAAGCAAAAUCUAAUUAUGAGUCACAGCUUCAGAAAAAUACCAGCCAAAUGUGAAGUAUGUCUAUCCUAUUUUUGUGUGUGUGUACAAUUCUUUUCCCUCCAGUUGAUUUUUGGGGCAAUUAUAUAUUUGACUUUAUAGACUAAGGAGUUUAUCAUCAGGUUUUAAGCAUAAUUUUGUGACAAUUUUUUAAGUAGGUCUUUAGGAAAUAAUGGACAAAAUGUUCUACCUGAGAUCAUUAAGGAUUCAUUAAGAUGCUUCUUUAUUAUUUUAUAUUCCCCCCAUCUUAGAGUUAUGUGCAAGUGCAGUUCAUGUGGGUUAAAGAAGUUUAAACCUAGAAGAUCAAAUUCUACCUGAAUUGUUAUUUGGAAUUUUCAUUUUCUGGGUUUUGUUACUUUUUUAUAUUUCAAUUAGGUGGCACUCUCCAUAUCUAUGUAAAGAGGUCAGUAUUUUCUUUUAAGCUUUUGUGUUUUUGUCAAUCUUUACACACACCUGGACAAUUCCAUUAAGACAAAGAAACCAAUGAUGUUUCAUAGUUAUCAGAAGGGCAAGAUCAAGGACUCAUGUUGAAGGUCGAGCAAGUUUGGAUUGUAGCUGUUGACUCAGGGUAGAGUAUCAAAACAGAGCAAUGGAAGAAUUGUAGCCGUGACUAUAUAAAUGACAGUGUUUAUAUUUAAAAUAGCUAUACUACUUGUACUUUAGGAUUAGCUUAAUUCAUAGUUAUUAUUUAUAUACACGUCUAUUAAUCUGAUUGGUUGUAGAGGCUAGAUUCGUAUAUUGUGGAGUUAGUAAGAAGUUAGUUACUCUCA